UCUUGGGAAGCGUGUGAGGAAGGGUAGAGAGAGAGAGAGAGAGAAAGAGAGAAUGUCGUCGUCCCCAACAACACCACCUUCCUCUAGAACAUCUUUCAUGGAGACCUUGUUGGGUCUCCUCAGAAUUCGCGUAAAGAGGGGUAUUAAUCUCGCCGUUCGAGAUGUUCGCACCAGCGACCCUUACAUCGUCAUCAAGAUGAGUAAACAGAAACUGAAAACUCGAGUAAUCAAGAAGGAUGUUAAUCCAGAGUGGAAUGAAGAUCUCACGCUCUCUGUUUCAGAUCCUGAUAUUCCUAUCAAACUGACGGUUUACGAUCACGACACGUUCAGCAAGGACGACAAAAUGGGGGAUGCGGAGUUUGACAUCAAAGCAUUCAUAGAUGCCCUGAGGAUGGAUUUGCAAGGUCUCCCGAGCGGCACCAUAAUAUCCAGAGUACAGCCGGGUAGGACUAACUGCCUCUCCGAAGAGAGCAGCAUCGUAUGGAGCGAAGGAAGGAUCGUCCAGGACAUGUGUCUCAGACUUAAAAACGUCGAAUGCGGAGAGGUGGAAAUCCAGUUGCAGUGGAUCGACCUUCCCGGUGCCCGGGGUCUAUAGAGAGAUUCUUGACGGACAUACUAUUUUGAGGUGAGGUUCAAGCGUUGGACCGCCCCGCGUCCACUUGUAAUUGGAUCUCAACGAUAAAUUAUUUUGCAGUAACUCAU